AGUCAUGCUGGAACAGGAAAGGGUCUUCCCUAAACUGUUGCUGCAAAGUUGGAAGCAUAUCAUUUCCUUUAUAUAACCGAUUUAUUACACCUGUUAGCAAUCAUUGUCCAAACACAUAAAUUUAAAGGUUCAAAGGGGCAUCCCUAUACUUUGGUCCAAAUAGUGUAUAUUUAGUCUCGUGUAGGACACGGCAGAAUUAAAGAGCUUAACACCAUGAAGUCUAGUAAAACAUUCUAUUCCAGCAGAACCUUCUCAUGUUACCAGACCUGUAGAUCUGUUCUUGAAGGUCACAUAAACAACACAUGAACAAAAGAACAACAUGUGACAGGACCUCACUGAGGUCUUCAGUUAAAUCCUCACUUUCAGUCAUUGUCUAUACUUUUUCCGUUGUCUGUACUUUGUUCCAUCAUUUUUCCAUCAUUUUUUUUCUCUCUGUGUGUAGAGUCAGACCAUGAACUAUGUGGGGCAGUUGGCGGGGCAGGUGUUUGUGCAGGUGAAGGAGCUGUACCGCGGCCUGAACCCCGCCACUCUCUCUGGCUGUAUCGACGUGAUUGUGGUGCGGCAGCCCGAUGGCUCUCUUCACUGCUCACCCUUCCACGUCCGCUUUGGCAAGAUGGGUGUACUUCGCUCCCGCGAAAAACUAGUGGACAUUGAGGUGAACGGAGAGCCCGUGAAUCUGCACAUGAAGCUGGGAGAUAACGGAGAGGCCUUUUUUGUUGAGGAGACAGAGAAUGAACAGGAAGUGGUACCAUCAUACCUGGCCACGUCUCCCAUCCUGUCAUCACCCCCCGUCCAGAUGCUGGGGGCUGAGAGCGGAGCGAUGAAGAGGAGGAGGAAAAGGAGGAGAAAGUCAAAAUUGGACAGUUUAAAGAGAGAGACGAGUGGCGAGUACUCCGAGGAUGAUGUGUUCACCAUCGACAUGAGUUCCCACGAAGGAGAUGACAAGCACAACAGCAGCUCUAUAAGAGAAACAGUGAUCAGUGAUUCUUAUAAGCACAAUUCUGCUUAUACUCGAUCUGAUGGAGACUGGACGCCUAUACAGAGUCCUAAUGUCUCUCGGCCCUGCUCACCCAAGAGUGACACUGAGCUCUUCACUAAAGCGGGUGAGGAGAAGCAGAAGGACCCCACUAUGCUCUGGGCCUGGGGAGAACUGCCUCAGCUCUCCUUCAUGUCAUCUAAGUCCUGCGAUUCUUCUGCUGCGCGUCCCGUCUCCAUUCCUAUUUUGGAGAGCACACACUUCAGGGCCAUCUCUGACGACUUAGCUGCUACCCAACAUCAUCAUGGUGACAGCACCCUAAUGCCAAGUGCAAAGGAUUCAGAUCAUGCAGCAGCAGUACCGAAUCCAGAACCAAUGAGAUCAGAUGCAGAGACGACAGAGAUGUUAGUGGCUCAUCUGGUGUCGGAGGUUGAGGAAGUGGGUGUGGUCACUAUGGGAGCUUCCUCACAAAGUAAACCAGAUUCUCCUUCCAAAAGAAAAGAUAAGAGAAGUCGACACCUAGGAUCUGAUGGUGUGUACCUCGAAGACCUUACAGAACUGGAGCCAGAAGUUGCUGCACUCUACUUUCCAAAAAGUGAAAAUGCUGGGAAUGGACGUUUGAAUUGUGAGAAUGGCCCAGGCGGUGUGAGGAUGUCUUCUCCAUCUGUUGGAAGCUCAGGAGCAGAUAGUGGGGUGGACAGUUACUCUGAUCAGCUCACUGAUCUGCCCGUUAUUGCCCUGUCUCUGUGUGGAGGACUUACUGACAGCAGAGAGAUCAGUAAAGAGCACUUCCAGGAGAAGGCAGUUUCAUACCAGCAGUUUGCAGAGAACCCCAUUCUCAUAGAUGACCCAAACCUUGUGGUCAAAAUUGGCUCCAAGUAUUACAACUGGAGCACUGCUGCACCAAUCAUACUGUCCAUGCAGGUCUUCCAGAAACCACUCCCCAAGGCCACCGUAGAAAAAAUCAUGAAGGAGAAGAUGCCCAGGAAAGGAGGACGCUGGUGGUUUUCAUGGCGAGGGAGAGGGAACAGCUCCAAAGUGGACACUGUAGCUGUAAAUGGAGCCUCGGGAGGAGCAGAAAAUGCUGGGAAAAUGGCUACCAUCAACAGAGGAGAAGAUGACUCCUCCUCCAGCGACGAAGAGCACCAAUCAACCAAGCAUGCCGCCACCUCCACCCAAUCGGAUGCCACUCCUAUCCAAGGGGGCGUGUCUUACAGGAAGACUCUUCGCCUCACAUCUGAACAGCUGGCUAGCCUACAGUUAAAGGAUGGCCCCAAUGAUGUGGUGUUCAGUGUAACCACUCAGUACCAGGGUACAUGCCGCUGUGAGGGAACCAUCUACCUGUGGAACUGGGACGACAAGAUAAUCAUCUCGGACAUUGAUGGCACCAUCACCAGAUCUGACACUUUGGGACACAUUCUGCCCACCCUGGGGAAAGACUGGACGCACCAAGGCAUUGCCCGUCUCUUCCAUAAAGUCAGCCAGAACGGUUAUAAGUUCAUGUACUGCUCAGCACGGGCGAUCGGCAUGGCAAACAUGACGAGAGGUUACCUUCACUGGGUGAACGAGAGCGGCACCAUGCUGCCCCAAGGUCCCGUACUGCUCAGCCCCAGCAGCCUGUUCUCAGCACUGCACCGGGAGGUGAUAGAGAAGAAACCAGAGAAGUUUAAGGUGGAGUGUCUGACUGAUAUUAAGAACCUGUUUUAUCCGAACACGCAACCGUUUUACGCUGCAUUCGGAAACAGAGCCACAGAUGUGUAUUCCUAUAAGGAGGUUGGGGUUUCUUUAAACAGAAUCUUUACUGUCAACCCAAAAGGGGAACUGGUACAAGAACAUGCCAAGACAAACAUCUCCUCGUAUGUUCGACUGGGUGAAGUGGUGGAUCAUGUCUUCCCUCUUCUGAAGAGAACCAGCUCAUCUGAUUUUCCCUGCAGUGACACCUACAGCCACUUCACCUACUGGAGAGACCCACUUCCUUUAGUCGAUGGGCACGAGUGUGCGGGUGCAGCGAACAGCUGAUCCACACAUGAACAAAAUGCACAAUAUGAGCUGCUAUGAUAUUUACAUCAUGAUUGUGCUCAAACAUUUGAUCAAUAUUAAUGCAAUCUUGUAACAGAGUUUGGUUCACGGUACAAGUCGGUUCCGAUUUUUAAAAAAAACUCUCGUACAGGAUGAGAGAAUCUGCUGUUUUCAUGCAAUGCUGUUUUAAUCUAAAACAAGCACCUUUAGAGAAUGAAUGUCCCUAAGAUGCUGUCACACCUAAAAUAACCAGGUUGCAUAGCAAAGUGGCCAUGGUAUGGCUUAUACUGGACGAUUUUGUCCAAAAAUGGUUCUUCAUUAGGAAUAAUUGACUUAACAUUUAAACAGUAUGCCUAACUUGAAUUGAUUUGGAAAUGCAUUCUGCUAUUGCAGAAAAAUCUGGCAGAGAAAAGGAGGAUAUACAUGUCCACAUAGAUUGCUGGCAAUCACACGUAAACAGUAGAAAUACAACCAUAGAACCAUAAAAUUGCAGGUUUUAAUCUGAUCUGGUGUGACCGGCCCUAUAUGCUGCUUUCCAUAAAGAACACAGGGUAGUGAGGAUCGUUUGAAAUGAUAUAUCCUGUUAUAUCCUGUAUUGCACAGAAACAUAGUGAUGCUUGCAAGCUUCAGUUAAGAAAGAUAGAAAACGUACUGCCACAAAGACAAAAAUCUGACCAUAGCUUUGGUCUUCACUGGUCUUCGUCUUGCUUUUUGGUCAAAACAAAAUGCUACCUCUCAUCAUGCUGUAGAACAAACAAUGAGAAAAAAAUGUUAGCUUUUUAUUUAGGUUAUUUUACCUAAUUUUAGUGCAGAUAUCGAUAGAUUUGCACACAUGGUGUGUUUUACAUUUUGUGUUAUUUAUUUAAUUAAACUUGUUAGAUCAUGAUAUUUUUCCAAUAAACGCUCAAUCCAAAGAACUUCACUGAGACGUUGCUGGAAUCUAUUAAGUUCUUGUCAUUGAGGUAUUGAUUGUACGUUCUUCCAUUUGUCCAUUAUGAAUCGUUGCCUUUGCAAACAUUUCUGAGGUGUUUAGUGUAUUCAUAUUCUUUCUGUGAAAGAUUAUUCAAGAACGGUUUAUUGUCCUAAAUUUAUUUUAAGCAACGAUGUAUUUUAUGAUUGUAAAAUGUAUUAGCUGUGUUAGCUGCUGCUG